UAACCCUUUGAGGCCCAAUGAUUACUUUAAGAAUCAUGUAAUAUAUAUAUUUUUAUUAUUUUUUCAACGUUAUCAAGCUUAUAUGUUUAUAAUCAAAAUGAUGGGAAAUUAUAUGUUCUUUCUAGUGGUAGUACUGUUUAUUGUCAUGGUGAUUGUUAUCAUAAUGAUAUUAUACAUUUUCUAACCGUUAUUUGAGAUUACUAACACUCACAACAUAUAUGCAUUUUUGAACACGACUUAUGUUUAUUUAAAAAAAAUGCCAUUUAAAUUAAAAGAGGAAGAGAUUGCUGAUAUUUUAAAUGGUGAUACUUCAGAUAUUGAAGAAUUUUAUGAGGAUGAUAUUAAUUUAGACAAUUUGGAUGAAUUAUUGAUGAAUGUAAAUGAUGUUUAUGAAGACAUAAAUGAUGUAAAUGAUGUGACAGAAAUAGAUGAUAUUGAUGAAAUUGUACCUGCUAACAAUGUUGAAACAGAAAAUGUACAAGAAAUAAUUCAUGAAGUUGCCAAUGGGAACAAGACAAUAAUUACUGAACCGAAUUGGAUUUCUGAGCAAUGGAAGGAACCAGAAACUGAUUGGCAAGGUAAAUUACCUGAUCCACCUGAUGAGUUAUUAUCUCCUCUACAAUAUUUUAAACUAUUUAUUGAUGAUGACAUAAUAAACAAUUUUGUUCAACAAACUAAUAUUUAUUCUACCGAAAAAAGUGGGAAGUGCAUUGCUGUCUCUACGUCAGAAAUGGAACAAUUUUUAGGCAUUAAUAUGUAUAUGGGUAUAGUAAAAAUGCCUCAUUAUCGAAUGUUUUGGCAAAACAAUAGCCGUUAUCCUUUGAUUGCAGACAAUAUGUCCAGAAAUCGGUUUGAUAACCUCCGUUAUUAUUUUCAUAUAAACGACAAUGCCAAAAUGCUUCCUAGAACUCAUGCUGAUCAUGAUAAACUUUUUAAAGUACGUCCUUUUAUAACUGCAGUAAAAAAUAAUAUGAGAAAAAUUAAUUUCGAAGAAUUUUCAUCAGUUGAUGAGAUAAUAAUACCAUUUAAAGGACGUACAUUUAUGAAGCAGUACAACAAAAAUAAACCCCACAGGUGGGGGAUUAAAAUGUUUGCCAUAGCUUCUGCAAGUGGACUGGUUCACGAUUUUGAAAUCUAUACUGGUAAAGGUACAUUACAACAAGCUGAACAAGGUUUGGGCAUAAGUGGAGAUGUAGUUUUGAGACUAGUUGAUGGCAUUCCUAAAAAUCAAAAUUAUAAAGUGGCAAUGGACAAUUGGUUUAAUUCAUAUCAUCUUCAAUGUAGAUUAAAAUUUAGUGGUGUUUUAGGUAUAGGUACUGUCCGUAGUAAUCGAUUGGCAAAAUGUAAAAUGUGCUCUGAUACCAUUAUGAAAAAACAAGGACGUGGUGUUUUUGAUUCAAAAGUUGACACAGUAAAUAAUAUUGUAGUCACAAAAUGGUAUGAUAACAAAUUUGUACAUAUUAUAUCUAAUUAUAAAGGUCCUUAUCCUACAGAUAUUGUAAAAAGGUGGUCUGUUGGAGUAAAAAGUAAAAUUGAUGUAGUGAGACCAGCAUCAGUUCUAGAAUAUAAUUCGUUCAUGGGUGGAAUUGAUCUCCAUGAUAUGUUGGUUGAAUUGUACCGAAUUGACAUAAGGGUAAAAAGAUUUUAUUUAAGAAUUGUUUAUCAUAUUAUUGAUAUGUGCACUGUUAAUGCAUGGCUAUUGUAUCGCAGACAUUGCAAGCAAAUGAAUAUUAAAAAAACAUUAAGCUUACUUCAAUUUAAAACUGAUUUAACUCACGCAUUACUUUUAUCUGGUAAUAAAACACCAAAAAGAGGGAGACCGUCUCUUAAUUCAACUAUUUCACCAUCUACCAAGAAGAAAAGGGUGUUUUCUGCUAGACCUGUUGAUGAUGUUAGGUAUGACAAAAUAGAUCAUUGGCAAAUACCUAUGGAUAUUAAACAAAGGUGCAAACUCUGUAUCAAAAAUUAUACUACCACCAAGUGCAAUAAAUGUAAUGUAUAUUUGUGCUACACCAAAAAUCGUAUGUGCUUUAUGGAAUUUCAUAAGAAAUAAGCAUAAUGUGAUGAAAAUAUUGUGAUCAUUUUAAAAUGUAUGGACUAAGAAAAUAAAAAAUAAUAUAUAUAAUAAUGUUAGCACUAAAA